GGAAGGGAAAUAUAUAUAAGAUAGCAGAGUACGAACAAACACAGCUAAGAGAAAACACAUACAGAUCGAUCGAGGGGAAUUGAAGAUUGUAUUUCUUUGAUCCCAUCCGAUCCCUUCAUUCUUUUGCCCAAAAAAAAACACCAUUUUUGUUUUACCUUCCAAUCUUUCAUUUCAUUGCGCUUCUUAAACAACUCCAAAAGAAGCUGAACAAGAUUAUGGGUGCAGCACCAUUGUCAACCUGGCCAUGGGACAACUUCGGCUUGUACAAGUAUUUGCUAUAUGGACCAUUUCUGGCAAAGAUUUUGCAUUCAAGAUACUAUGAAGAAGAAAGCAGCAGCAGGGCAACAAUUUGGUGUAUAAAUAUACUCAUUUUGUAUACACUUAGAUUUACAGUGCAUCAAGCAUGGUCCUCUUACAGUAAUAUGUUAUUCCUUGUUCGAAAUCGUCGCAUUUCUCAACAAGGGAUUGCUUUUCAGCAGAUUGACAAAGAAUGGGACUGGGAUAACUUCUUGAUUCUUCAAGCUUUCAUGGCAAGUUUAGGGUUCAUUAUGUUCCCAGAGACUACCAGUCUUCCAAGUUGGGACACAAGAGGAGUAAUAGCUGCAAUUUUGCUGCAUAUACUUGUUUCUGAGCCUCUUUACUACUGCCUUCAUAAAUGCUUUCAUGGAAGUUAUCUUUUCACCCAUUAUCACUCUUUGCACCACUCCUCAGCUGUCCAACACCCAUUCACAGCUGGACAUGGUACGGUUUUAGAGCACAUCCUGUUGGGUGCAGUAAUGGGGGUUCCAAUCCUUGGGGCUUGCAUGAUUGGAUAUGGAUCAACGGCCAUGAUUUAUGGUUACGUUUUGAUGUUUGAUUUCCUAAGAUGUAUGGGUCAUUCCAACGUUGAAAUUGUUCCCCAUCAGCUGUUUGAGGCCCUUCCAUUUCUCAGAUAUCUUAUUUACACCCCCACAUACCACAGCCUGCACCAUAGUGAGAUGAACAGCAAUUAUUGCCUCUUCAUGCCACUGUUUGAUGCACUGGGAAAUACCCUGAACAAAGAUUCAUGGGAGAAGCACAGUGAGAUUAGCCUACAAGCUGGCAAAAAUGGGAGGGUUCCAGAUUUUGUGUUCUUGGCUCAUGUAGUGGACAUGACAGCAGCGUUGCACGUGCCGUUCGUGUGGAGAUCAUUCUCAUCAACGCCCUUCAGGACCAGGCUGUUUCUUCUCCCAUUCCUCCCAAUCUCCUUCGUUUCAAUGCUGGCAAUGUGGGCAUAUUCCAAGACCUUCUUGGUCUCCUUCUACUUCCUCAGGGGUCGCCUCCAUCAAACCUGGACUGUUCCACGUUUCGGUUUUCAGUAUUUCUUGCCAUUUGCCGCAAAAGGAAUCAAUCAACGCAUUGAAGAAGCUAUUCUUAGAGCUGACAGGUUGGGAGUCAAGGUUAUCAGCCUUGCCGCUCUUAAUAAGAAUGAGGCGCUAAAUGGAGGUGGAACAUUGUUUGUGAACAAACACCCAAAUCUUAAGGUUAGAGUUGUUCAUGGGAACACCUUAACAGCUGCUGUAAUAUUACAUGACAUUCCUGAGGAUGUUACUGAGGUUUUCUUAACCGGGGCCACCUCCAAACUUGGUAGGGCCAUCGCCCUUUACCUUUGCCAACGAAGAGUUAGAGUUAUGAUGUUGACCCUUUCAACGGAGAGAUUUCAGAAGAUCCAGAAGGAAGCCCCUGCUGAUUGCCAGAAGUUGUUGGUCCAGGUCACAAAAUACCAGGCUGCCAAAAACUGCAAGACAUGGAUAGUUGGGAAGUGGAUCACACCAAAAGAACAAAACUUUGCACCCACAGGAGCCCAUUUCCACCAGUUUGUGGUUCCUCCAAUCUUGCCCUUCAGAAGAGACUGCACCUAUGGUGAUCUUGCAGCCAUGAAACUACCAGAUGAUGUUCAAGGUCUUGGCAACUGUGAGUAUACAAUGGAAAGAGGAGUGGUCCAUGCAUGCCAUGCGGGUGGGGCAGUACACUCUUUAGAAGGCUGGACUCAUCAUGAAGUUGGGGCAAUUGAUGUCGACAGAAUUGAUGUUGUCUGGGAAGCUGCUCUCAAACAUGGACUCAAACCAGUUAGCUAAGCUAAGCUAAGGUUUCAAACACCUCUACAUACCUUGGAUAUAUAGAUGCAUCCAUCCGCAUCAAUAUAAUUCACAACAAACAAUUAUAUAUACACUUCAAGCUUGGAUGCAUGCUGGGAUGUUCUUCCAUCUCCAUAUUCGAUUCAAUUGUAAUAUGUAUACAUUCUUCUGAUCUUUAGUAGUGUUGUAUCAGGAAUUGCUUUGGGCUUUUUUUCUUCUACUUAAAAAAAUGUUUUGCUUGUA